CGCUGCCGCCGCCGCGCCGGUUCGGUCUCUCUACGAGAGCGAAUCGAGGAGCGUGCCCGAACCCGAGCCGGGGAAGAGAACCGCGGCACUCGUUCAGUAGUUUCUCGGACGCCGCACAGGCACCAUCCGACCCUGCGAGAUAACCCUGACGUGUGGUCGCCGCAGGGCUUAACCCCUGUGACCCCCUCGGUGACAAUUGACCGCGCAUACGCCGAGCGCGCGUGGGACCCGUUCGCGCCGAGACGUGAGAUCGUCACGGCGAAUUGGCGCACAAUCUCCCCCGGGCCCUCCCAAAUUCAGGAGGGACGGACGGUCGCGAGAGACGGAGGAUUUCCGCGACGAAUCCUUCCUUCGGGAACUUUGCCUUCCCUCGAGGAGCACCUGUGCUCGUCGGACCAUAUCGGACGUACGUGCGCGCGCGCGCGCGCGCGCGCCCGCCCGCGCUCGGCCUCAUAGGUCAGUUCCGAUCAUCCCCCGCCGAUCAUCGUCUGCCGAUUCGUUAGCCAGCGGAUUCGCAAAGACUCCUGACAGGGGUCAAGCUCUCGCUUUCGCCGAAACGCUGGGGGCGCAUAUCACGGACGGUGAAAGGUGGUCGACGACCGAUGGAGGGAGGGGGUCCGAUGUUCCUUCCGCGAGAGAGGCAAGUGGUGACAGCUGAAUCAAUGGUGAAGCAGUGGUAGUGUGCGUGACGGGGCAAGCCUGUCUCUGCUUGCUCAUCUCUACCGAUCUUUCGCGAGCGAGUACCGUGCGCGUGACACUGCGAGCCGAUUGGGACGCGAAGUCCCGAUCCGUAAAGAGGGAGGGAUAUCCAGUAAGACGACGAGUCACAGUGGACAUCGGGGACCGGGGACUCGUAAAGACGACCUGAGGUAACGCGUGUCUGUUCUCUGGUCUAUCAGCAGAUAACGGAGGGGAGACCAAGUGGGAGGACAAGGACGAAAACAAGGACGAAACGACCGAUCUUCGAAAGUGACCGAUAGCGUCAACCUGCCCAACACACCGUCUCCAGCGAUAACUGCCCAACGAAGAUAAGUAAGAUGAGAUAAGGAGCGACCGCUCCGAUCGCCCCGCUCGACUGAUCCUCGCUGCCAGGAUCAUUCGCAGUGUACCGAGUAUCCUCGUGGCGGCACGUCCAUCGUCGGCUACCUCUACUCGCGAGAUCAAUCGGCUCGACUCGAUGUCACCCCGUGAUCCCGCGAGCCCCAUCGUCUCUCGUCUGCGACUGGUCACAGCGACUGGGCCCGGCGGCGAUCGGCUGCGUCGGUGCAGCUGAGGUGGGUGCGCGCAACUACAACACCGAUGCAACCGGCGGCAACCGCAAUAAUGCGAGAGUACCGAAAGCGCGACGGUGCAUGGACGGUAACAGCGGACCGGCAGCCGCAUCCUCCGUUCCCGGCCGACGCCUUCUCGCGACGCCUUUUUCAGAGACGAAAGUGACGGGUGCGAGAGAGAGAGAGAGAGAGAGAGGGCUGUGUGUGUGAUGCCGAUUGGCGAGGCACGCGAGCUUCGAUCACUGUCGUUCGCACGAGUUCUCGACGCCGUCGCUCGACGGCGUCCAAAGAUCCAAGCGGAGGAGGAGGCAAGAGAGGAGCGAGGGAGAGAGACAGAGCGACACGGCUGCGGCGAUCGAUAUUAUAAAUCCACGAGAGAACGGAACGCGGCAGCGGGCAGCAUCGGCGACAACGAGGAGGAGGAGGAGGAGGAGGAGGAGGAGGAGGAGGAGGGCAAAGAAAGGAGCGUCGGAUGAGACCGUCAUGCCCGCUGAGAUUGACACGGGCGGGCCUAGGGUGCUGCAGUGUGAUUCCCGUGCCGACUGGCCGACGACGCCGAUCAACGCGCCGACUUCCGCCGGCCGACGAGCCGAACGCGCGCAUUCAAGUUGCCGGAGCGCGAACUCACUCGCCGAUCUCGCUGAGGGUUCGCCCGCGAGGUUACUACCGAGGAUCCACGGGGGAGGAGCCGAAGCAGUCGGCUGCUCGCCGGCCGACGAGCCGGGAUCGACGAGGACCUGGCAAGAUCCGCGACCGCGAAAGGUCGAAAGCCGCCGCCGCCGCCGCGGCACCGCCGCCGCCGAGGAAGCCGGGAGCCCGAGCGGAAGGGACGGAGGAGUCCUGGCAGAGAGUCGCGCGUCAACGCCGCCAACACCGACACGCGGAGCAAACGGACUCACGUGUCUGGCACCGGGGGGAGUGUCGCGCGCGCUCGAGAAUGUCUCCAAGGACGAGUGUCUCUCGGUCACGCGGAACUCCCGGGAGUCGGGCGCGAGGGGCGCGCGCGGCAAGGUCGAGCGAGCGGAAUCGCGGCUACGCGACGAGACGGAACGAUCGCCGCUCGCGAUAGCAGCGGCCGUCGCGGGGAGCGGCUGUCGCGCGAUCGCGAGGCGUCGAAGUCUCCAGGAUCGCUCCUGGACGCGGCCGCUGGCCCGCGGCGAGCAGCAGCGUCCCGCGGAAGCUCGCGAUUCGAUCGCGAGGCCGCGAGGGGAGACGCGCGCCGCGGCAGGAGGUUCUCUUCUCUCUAGUCAGCAUUCGCGUUCUCGCGCGAAGGUGAGGUCCUGCGAGGGCGAGGACCGCGCGGAGGCCGACAGCAGUGAGCGAGUCGCCGGGGAGGGCGCGGGCGAGGACGCGCGGACGGACGCGAGUCCGUCGGGGUGUUCGGGGCGCGAUGAACGCCUACCAGGGGAGAUCCCGAGCGGAGGGCUCCAUCAGCGGAGGAGACGCGGACGCGGCGCCGCCGCCGUCCGCUCGUUCCUCCGGCUGGCCUUUCUGCUCCUGCUCGUCGCGCUCGGACGGAGCGGACCGUCCGCUUGGAGUGUGCGUAGUAAGUUCAGUGCGCGACCGCUCGCGAGCUGCGUCAGUGUCUUGGCGAUCGGCGCGAUAAUCGGUGCAGUGAGUGCAGCGCCGGUCGAUCCGCUCGACGACGCGGGUAUCAGGGCCGAGAGGUCGGCCAACCUCUCCCACAUCACCGGCACCUCCAGGAAGAUACAGAUGUACGUGAAGAACCGGCAUCUGCAAAUCCUGCCGGACGGCACGGUCAACGGCUCCAACGACGACACCUCCGACUACACGAUUUUUCAAAGGACAUCGGUGUCGAGAGGCCAACUGAAGAUUCAAGGCGUGGCGACCUGCCUUUACCUUUGCAUGGACGUUUGCGGCCUGCUCUACGGCUCGCGCGAGAGCACAGACGAGUGCGUCUUCAACGAAAACCUGGAGCAGCACAACUACAACACGUACAGUUCGGUGCGCUGGUCCACGGGGAAGAAGACCAUGUACCUCGGCCUGAACCGUUUCGGCCAGCCGAGGCGGGUGCAAACGAAAGGCAAGGACAACCUGGGCAGGUUGUCGGCCUACGCGAGGGUGCUGACGCGGGUGACGCCGCCCGAUCGCGUGGAGGCCCUGCACAGGCGAAUGAUGGGCGCCGAGCACAACGUACGCCAUCGGCAUCACGACCGCGCGCAUCAUCGCGGCCAGCACGGCGACGUGACACAGCAACAGCAGCAACAGCCCAACUGCCCGAGCUUACCGAUGCAGGAGAAGGACGGCAGGGACAAGUACAGGUGCCGCAAGCGGAAGAAGCGGAAGAAGCGGAAACGACGCUGCAGGCAGGACGAACCGCCCGGUCCUCAGUGCCAACUCGCCGAGGAGUCCGCCGCGGCUGCCACUACGUCGGAAGCGACGGACGCCGACGCGUCCCCGGAGAGCGCCAGCAACGUCGGAUGCACCGCGCCGGAAUCCAAGAGGUCCUGCGAGGGGGCGGCCAGCGAGGAGGCCUGCAGGCGACAGGCCCUCUCGGUGCCGGCGAAGAAGCGGAAGUCGCGGAUAGACUGCGACCCGGCCGCGGCGGUCGUCGGGGUCGACAGGAACCUCACGCGCAACGGUAAGAACAACAAAGCACCAACGUCAAACGCGAAAAAGCCAAACGUCGGCGGCGACAGUCAAAGUAAAAAGCCUGAUUUGACGGACGGGAAGAAGAAGAAGAGGAAGCGUCCGGCGACGACGCAGCCGAGAGGGAGCGCGGCCGAGCCGACGUCGUCGUCCCAGAAGCGGUACGCGCUUGGCACGACGUCGUCGUCCCAGGCCUCUUCGUCGCUAACGGCGCCGCCGACCAGCGAGCUGCGGGCCUCGACGGCGUCGUCCUCUUCGCCGUCUCCUCCUGGUGCAUCGACCGCUCCCUCCGUCAGAAGGCCGGCCUCUUCGAAGCCUGGUCGUAAGAAGCCACCGCCGGCGCAGUCUUCGAGAAACGGUGCCGCCGCGAGGCCGCUGGGUUCGUCGCGCAGGGUAGGAAAGUCCUUCUCGAGUGCCGCGGCUUUGCCCGGCCGCCCGAGGUCGACGUCGACGACCCCGAGGAGCGAGACGGCGCCGCACCGGAGUCCACCGGAGUCAACUACCAAAGUUCCUGAAACCACGACGAAAUCACCUCCUCCUCCUCCUCCUCCUCCUCCUCUCCCACCUUCGUCUCCCACAGUUCCUAUCUCGUCUUUGCCUUGGCAGAAGUCUACGGAGGACUUCUCCGGCUCGCUGUCGGACUCCUCGCUCACCAACGAGGAGCCGCCCUCGUCGUCCGUCGCGAGCGACGGAACGGCAGAGUCCACCACCACCUCGUCGACAACCUCGUGCGAGCCCAUCGCCGAGCUGACGAGGCCGCUCGGCCUGCUCGAAGAGGACGGCGAAGACGGUGGUGGCUCCGGUACGAACGACGACACCAGCAUGAGAUUCCCCUUCGACAGACUGGCGAUGUGAGACACCCCGCGGAUGGCUGGAGGCUGAUUUGUGUGUGCGCCAACGUCAUUGUAAACUUACGUGUACAUACGCGAGCAUUCUACGUUACGACUUACUCCCACAUUCGUGUACUGACGAGCUCACGACCCCCGCCGUCGUGCGCCGGAACUUUGAUACUCAUCGCGCGAAGGCCCGACGCGCGUUCGUAUUUCGGUGAGAUGCAAUUUUCCUCCCGUACGUACGCUCUUCAACUUUUCAAAGUCGAUCAUCGACAACUUUUUUCCUAUUUUUCCUAGCAACUUGAUCGAUGAUGAGAGCGACGCUCAAAUCAAAAGAGUGAAAUGAAAAUCUCGAAGAUGAAUUGAAAUGUCAAAAAUGCACGAUAAAACUGUGACGACGAUUGCGCCAAAAUCGCUUUCAACGAAAUCAUGCGAAUAAUAUUCUCUUAUUCACUCCGUACAAACAAAUUAAAAAAGAAAAAAAAGAGAAACAGCGAAUAAUUAUUUUUAAACAUAUAGUUUUGACGCGAGAACGAUGCGAACGUUUCGCAUCGUUCUCGCGAAGUAUAAAUUUUAUAAAAAUUGAAAAAAAAAGAAUUUUUUUCGAUUUGAUAACGUAUAUUUAUAUCAAUGAACUUGAGAAGCCUCAGAGAGUUUGUCGAUGAUAAAGUUCGCGGGACGCGGAAGAUGUGACUCAAGUUAUAACUCGUAACGGUAGAAAAUUGGCGCUUCACCGAAAUCGACUCGAUGUCGGUCCUCGAGCGCAACGUUCACGGCGGGAAAGAGACCGCGAUUCGUGUCGAGGACCGAUGAAUAUCGGCGAAAGCGAAGAGUCCUCGAUUGCGCACAGCGUCGCGCGGCGAGGCUGUUUCUUACGCUCGUUAUCCGAAAAGGGGUAAUUACGGUGGCGGAGAUAUCUCUUACUGCAUGCAUUAUCUUGCAUUUACUUCGAAAGUCAUUCAGACGAUAUCUGCAUUUAAGGAGGAAAAUUUAUCGCGAAUUUCUUAUUUAUUAUUGUUUUAAUUUUUUGUAUAGUGUUUUUAACGUCUCAGUGAUACACCUUCAAUAGUUUAAUAACUACAGAGUACUUCCAGCGCGUGACAAACUAGGUACGUAUUCCCGUCACACACUUAGUGAUAAGUGUGGCUGUCUGAUCUAACGUUCCUCAACGCGAUUAUCACGUCGAACGAAUAAGACCCGAAAGAAAAAAAACAAUAAUCGUGUUUCUUUACGCUAAAGAUACACAAGAGUAGGAGUAAAUAAUUUCUAGAAACUAGACGCGAGUUAUCAGUACGCAAAUUAGGAAGAGAACAAUGUCUACAGAGAUUAUUAAAUCAAAUUGUCGGAUUAGGACAUUAUUCUAAACUCGAUUUCAUUGGAAUGCCUAUACUGUGUGUGUGUGUGUGUGUGUGUGUGUGUGCGUGUGUAUGCAAAAUCAUUACUCUCUUCCUCUCUCGAUCGACUCGACACGAAUCGCUCUCACCUCGCCGUACAUCGACGCAGGAAACUCCUUGUAUAUUACUGGCGAACUUGAUCCUAGCUAGUACGAUUAGCGUUUAAGCCUAAGCAAUUAUACGAUAGUAUUUUAGCGAGCGAGGAGUGCGUAGGAGACCAGAUAAUAAGCGACGUGAAAAGAGGGAAUGGCGCGUAUGGGCGAUGGAAUCGGCUCGAUCGGCGAACACGCAGGCCGAUUUUCCUCUCGAGACGGUAGCAGAAAUCAGUCCGACUAAAUGGGAGGGCGGGGGGAGGGGGGCGGGGUAAUGAACCGUCCGGCGUCGAUCAUUGGUAGCCUCGCGAGAAAAAUGACGUCUCGUCGAAGAUUAAGCGACGAACGUAAUAUUUUUCUUUCUUCAACUAGCGUAUUCAACAGGCGCGUACGACUGGCAGAAAGGACAUUUCAGGGCGCGAGCCAGAGCGGCGGCGGCGGGGGCGAGGGGAGGGGGAAGCUGCCGCGCGAGUGAUUCGGCGCGGAUUGCGCGAGUCUGUCUGCCGCAAUUUCGCAAUCAAGCGCGCAAUGAGACGCAAUUCCGACGGACGGCGUACAUAUAAUUCGAGACGCGUAGAAUAAAUUCGUUCGAUGUAAUCUCAGUAUUUAUAACGGAGCGGAGAGUGGCACGCUGCCCCGGUUUAGCACGUACGGCGAUUAAUCGGCUCGACACAAAUUGCACAGGCCGGUCGCUCGGCCUCUCCUCCAUCCACUCGAUCGUUGUCGCUCGCGCGAGCGAAACGAUACGAUCCUCGGAGACUCGUUUCGCUCGAUAGUGCCGAUGAAUGAAGGAAGGGCCCUAAUUGCAAUGUCCACUUACGGCUGUACUCGACUGUACUUUUCUCACAGUUCGGACCUUUGCGCACAGUACGCGCCUCGCGACGUCGACGACAAUCUUCAUCCGGGGAAUUUCAAUUAUCCCGAACGAGCGAUCGCUCGUUUCUGAUUUACGCUACGAGCGGUCUCCAACGUGCCCGCCAAAGUCUUCCACGACGGAUCGAUAUCCGCGAAGAACACGCUUAUUGCUUCCAAUACUCUUCAGCGUCUCAAUCUCGCGAGAUUAAAGCCGCGCAUAGGCGAGAAGAGAGAAAUAUUUUGGAAACCCGACGCGCGUUUCGGCCGACAUUGGAUUUUUACGCUCGCGAUCCUCCGUGACGGAUCGAACACCCGCGGAAACUUCCUUUCGAUCAUCGAAUACCGCUCGAAGGAUUCGUCUCGACCACCGACGAAGAAGCCGUCGCGUCUGUUCGUCUGUCUCAUCGCAUCUGUACGGAGGGGAGUUGUGUCUCGACCUCGCUGCGUUUUUUCUCUUUUUUUUCCGUUCUCUUCUCUCCUCUUUCUUUCGUAGAAGCGACCUGUUUUUACAUAGUGGCGUAUUUAUUAAAGACUUAUUUAUAUAUUGUAAACAGCUGACUCUCCGUGUACAUAAGUCUACGAUCAUUACUCGUCAAUCAUGCGCAUCGAUCAUGUGUUCUACGUAUGUUGUGUCUGUCCUUUUGUGGGUGCACGAAUCCGUCGAAAAUAUCACGGUAACGUCGCUCCUUUGCUGUCGCACCUAUGCUCGCGAAAACGGCUUUCGAUACAAUGGUGAAACUCCGCGGAAAAAUGAGAAGCGCGAUGCAACGCGCGAACCUUACGAAAAUGGAAGUUGGAAAGCAGAUAUGCCUCAGGAAUUAUUUGUUCUCUCGCUUAAUCGUGAAAUGCAAUUUCGCGGUGAUAUAUCGGAAUACUCCACGCGGUCGCGUUUCGCAAAGCAAGUUGUUUCCCAUGCGCGAUGGAGCUCGUUAUGUCGUACAUUUGAUAAUAGUCGCUGGCAAAGUGAGCUACUACUUCCGCCGGAACUGGAACUGGACCGCUUCGCGACGCGCGACACGCGAUGCGCGUGUUCUCUUCGUGUUCAAAUCAGCAUACCAAAUGCCGUAAACUAUUUUCGUGCUCCGUAUAACGCCACAUGAGGCAAGUCACAAAAAUCUUCGAAGCGAUCGCAACCCUUUCGGCAGACGCGUCAUUGUGAGGGAGUCUCGGAGAAUGAUUCGCGCAGUGACGGCUACUCGACGAGCGUCUUCAGCCCUAGGUAAGGGCGCAUUCACACCUGGGCAGAAAAGCAAAAAGCAGAAAGGCAGCAACCAAAUGGCGCUGAUAGUCUGUGUCUCUCUCUCUCUCUCUCUCUCUCUCCCUCCCCCCCUCUCUCUCUCUCUCUGUCUCUCGCGAGAGUUUUUCUCUCUGUCACUCUCUUGGCUUCUGCUGUUCUGUUUUCUGCUUUUCCGCCCAGGUGUGAAUGCGCCCUAACAAUGCAUCAUCGCGUAACGAUCCCUGCGUUUUCUAGGCUAUUCGAGUUCUAAAUUCCGCGGAAGUAAAUUACUUCCGCGUGCGCAACGCACCACAUACAUACAGCACGCGCUUGCUGUACUGCAUAUACCGCGCUCGUUGUAUCAAACUUGACGAGACUUCUACGGUAAAAAAAACGAAAACAUUCUCUCGGUACGACGCCGUGUGUGUGUGUGUGUGUGUGUGUGUGUGUUUCGAUACGCGAGCGCCGAUAUUUUCAACGGAUUCCGAAUCGUCUCAGUAAAGCAUGCGUACUCCGGCGGAUGAGAUAAGACAAGUGGCUCGAUGGGAUUAAGAGUCGAAGACAGCUCUUGCGAGAUUGCGCUCUCAAGCUGCGCGAGUCUAACGGGAUAAAUGAGGCGGCAAUGUUUGCGAAUGUUUUCGGGAAGGUGUACGCGGAUGCGUGAGUGCGAUGCUUAUCGAAACGGCUAAUUGCUGAAAUAAUUAGCGACGCGGAGGGAGGAAGCGCUCUCUCGCAGGCCGCGGAUACGUAAUCUCCGAUGCUAAUUGCGCUUUCAGAUUAGCUCUAGGGAUGCAACGAUAUCGGGAGAGAUCGUCGCGUUCUUACGCGACUCACGAUGUCGCUACGAACACACCACCUUGCUUCAUCUCCGUCCACGUCGCCGACGACAACGAAACACCUCGCUCGCUAACGUUCCUCAAACGUCGUAUAUUACGGGAUAAUGCGACAACAAGCAACAAGCUUCAUGUACGUGACAAAAUACGAUACGCAAGCACGAUCGCAUCGGCGCGUCGGCACAAUUCCGGAUUCGGAGGUCGCAGCGUAACCAGUCUAGCACUGCCAUGUUUAAGAUGUAUUUAAUUUUCAUAGACUGAGAAACUAUUAAGGUUAGAGACGAGUAUUUAAUUGUUAAAACUCUCUGAUGACGAGCGAUGGGGCCGCGCUGAUUGAUCGAUCGAUCGGAAUUUCACUACCGCCGCUGCUCGGUGUAUGACUCUUCUACGAGCCGAAGACAAGCUCGAGUACAUCGGCCGCGGGACGACGACUUGUCCUCUCUUAACCAAAACACCGCCAAUCUCGACGCUACCUUGUGAUAUGAUUCAGAAUCCACAAUUCCCCCUUCCUCUUCUGUCCUAUUCCCAAGGAGGUGCCGCACUUCUUCUUUAUCGUCGCCUUCGCGAAAGAGGACGAGGAGCGGGGCGGCAGAUGCGGCGGAGCGAGAGAUAUGGGAAAAAAUUUGAUGAACGAGUCGACGAGGCGAAUUGCCCGCGAAGCCGAUCGAUUCUCGAACGCACGUCUCGCUCUCGUCUCCUCUCUCGCUUCUUGGACGCAGAACCCCACCAUAUCGUCGCCAUAUAAUUUUUAGAAGUAAUAAAAGAAAUAUUA